CUUCCUUUCCCGGUUAAAAGGAAGAAAAGAAUCCUCACUUGUAUCUAUCAAUAAAACGACGCCAGGUAAGAGAGCUCAAAUCAGCUUGCCAUUGCGGAUACAACAGACCCGCAAAACCGGCAUCUUCGCGGUUUCUCUCUCUCAUUUUCUCUCAAACCAAACAAAAGAAAGAAAAGCCAAAUCUCUCUUAAAAACCGUCUUUUUUAAAUUAUACUCUAUUCGACGACUCUCAAUUUUGUCUGCAGCAAUCAAGUCAAACUGCUCUCUCUUCGAUAUUACUUUGCUUCACGUCUCAUUCAUAUACUGCUUAUACACUGAAAUCUGAGUAGGGAUUGAAUAUCGGUGAUGUUGGGCGCUUUAAGGAGAAAAGUCGCGAGCGGAGGCUCAUCAUCUUUGAUAUUAGGGAAGUCAUUGCUGGCGAUUCGAUCGGGUGUUUCAGUAUCUAGAGUUUCUUGUAAUGCUGGAAAAGAGAUACUAUUACUUCAACCGAGAGGAAUUGCCCAUGUCCGAAACUUCUCUCAUCUUGUUCUGCCAGGCUGUUCAGCUGGUUUAACAGAGACAAGGGAUGUCAUUUCUAGCAUUCAGUCAGAGGCUAUCAUGCAAAAGUCGUGCAGGGCUUUCUCUUCUGGAGAUGGGGAUCUGGUUGAUGCUGUGGUCCCUUUUAUGGGAGAAUCAAUUACUGAUGGCACUUUGGCAACAUUCUUGAAAAAACCCGGUGAUAGAGUAGCAGCUGACGAACCAAUCGCUCAGAUAGAAACAGAUAAGGUAACAAUUGAUGUUGUCAGCCCCCAAGAUGGUGUGAUACAAGAGUAUAUAGCCAAGGAAGGAGAUACUGUGGAACCACGUACCAAGAUUGCUGUCAUUUCAAAGUCCACUGAUGGUGUUGCACGUGCUGCCCCCUCUGAAAAGAAAUCAGAAAAAGCUGCUUCCAAGCCAUCUCCUCCAGCUGAAACUGUAAAGGAGGAUAAGCCAAAAGCUAAAGUCGAAGUCUGUCCUGCUGGGGAGAAGCCUAAAGCUCCUUCUCCACCACCUCCAAAACGAACUGCUACUGAACCUAUACUACCACCCAAGGAAAGGGAAAGAAGAGUUCCUAUGACAAGGCUUAGGAAACGGGUUGCUACACGAUUGAAAGAUUCUCAGAAUACUUUUGCGAUGUUGACAACAUUCAAUGAAGUUGACAUGACUAAUUUGAUGAAGCUCCGCUCUGAUUUCAAGGAUGCUUUUGUUGAGAGACAUGGUGUCAAGUUGGGAUUUAUGUCAGGAUUUGUUGAAGCUGCUGUUAGUGCACUUCAGCAUCAGCCUAUAGUAAAUGCUGUAAUUGACGGGGAUGAUAUUAUUUAUAGAGAUUAUAUUGAUAUCAGCAUUGCUGUUGGUACUCCGAAGGGGCUUGUCGUUCCAGUUAUUCGAGAUGCUGAUAAGAUGAAUUUUGCUGAGAUAGAGAAGACAAUCAACAGCCUCGCAAAGAAGGCAAAUGAUGGGACCAUAUCAAUUGAUGAAAUGGCUGGAGGCUAGUUUACAAUAUCCAAUGGUGGUGUUUAUGGAAGUUUGUUGAGUACCCCAAUUAUCAACCCUCCUCAGUCGGCUAUCUUGGGUAUGCACUCAAUAGUGUCCCGACCAAUGGUUGUCGGAGGUAACAUAGUCCCAAGACCAAUGAUGUACAUUGCCCUUACUUAUGACCAUAGGCUGAUUGAUGGAAGAGAGGCUGUCUUCUUCUUGCAUCGAAUCAAAGAUGUUGUGGAAGACCCUCGCAGGCUGCUACUUGAUGUAUGAAGGCCUAGUAGCAACUGCUGUGAUAUUUUCAUGGUUUGCUGGUACGCUUAGCAUUGGAUAUAUACUUCCUAUUUAAAUGAGCAAGAAUAAGUUCCUGAAGUUUUGUAGGGUUUCAUUUGUUGAUUCACCCUUUAACGAGUUCUGAAAUUACAGCUGGCCAUUGUUGAACAAGAAUAAAUACAUAUUUCCAGUUUCUGUUGUGCAAAUACGGUUUUUACUUUUAUUUUACACUAAGUUCUUUAAAUUCUGGUUUAAAGGGUACACAUUUUUAUGACACUUUGAAUGUGAAAAUCAGACAUGGACAGGUUGGUUUCUUCUUAGAUUCAUUCAGUCUCUAACAUGAAAAUUCUGUUUCCUGGUUGUGGGUGCUUAUUCUCUCCUAAAUUCUUCAUUUGGGGAUUAUAUAACACUGCUUGAAUUUGAUCAAGCUUCAUUUUUCAUGCUUGA